AUGUGGAUUUUCGGAUAUGGAUCGCUGCUAUGGAAUCCGAAUUUCCCUUUUGUACAGCAACUUCCUGGUGUUGUUCCUGGUUAUGCGCGAAGGUUUUGGCAGCUAAGUCCAGAUCAUCGUGGAACUCCUGAGAAGCCUGGCCGUACCGUCACUCUGGUACCCGAUGAGAAAUCUGUCUGCUGGGGAAUAGCUUUCGAAGUUGCCGAAGAGGAUGUGGCCUCAACUCGGAAGUAUCUGGAUUUUCGAGAGAAAGCUGGAUAUUCGCUGGUGACUGUUAUGUUCAAACCAGAUGAUGCCUCCAUAGAACCCUUUGCGGUGGAGGUGAGAGCUCUUUUUAUUUACUGA